UUUCAACAUAGAGCCUCCCCUGCUUUUGUUCUUCCUUUAAUUGAAACGAACUGUCCUGAAGAGGAAAGGACCCGACUCAACUCGAGAUGGGCUUCCUCUUCAAGAUCCUGCUCCUCGCUCUGCUCCUCGUCCACUCGAAAGCAGACCCCGACAUCCUCAACUUCUCGAACUUCAGCAGCGGCAUUACCACGCCUGGCAGCAGCAUCGACAACUCGACCGAUCCGGGGCAGGCUCGGCAGCUCGCCGGGCGCUGCAACUACUUCCGUGGGAAGUGGGUGUACGAUCCCUCGUACCCUCUGUACAACUUUAGGAGCUGUCCCUUCAUCGAUCCCCAGUUCAACUGCAAGAAGUACGGCCGUCCCGACUCCGCGUACCUCAAGUACCGGUGGCAGCCCUUCGCCUGCAGCCUUCCCAGGUUCAAUGGGGUGAGCUUCCUCGAGAGAUGGCGCGGGAAGAAGAUAAUGUUCGUCGGGGACUCGCUAAGCCAGAACAUGUGGGAGUCCUUGUCCUGCAUGAUCCACGCCUGGGUGCCCAAUGCCAGGGCUUCCCUGAUCCGGAGAGACGGCCUCUCUUCCCUCACUUUCCAGGAUUACGGUGUGAUGAUAAUGCUGUACCGGACCCCAUUCCUGGUGGAUGUCGUGAACGAAAGAGCAGGUCGUGUCCUGAAGCUCGACUCCAUCAACAAUGGUAAAGCCUGGAAGGGAAUGGACAUGCUGAUCUUCAACACGUGGCACUGGUGGACCCACAGCGGCCGAACCCAACCGUGGGACUAUAUGCAGGAAGGGAACAGAUACUACAAGGACAUAAACCGGCUUGUUGCAUACUAUAAGGGCCUGACCACUUGGGCGCGGUGGGUGAACCUCAAUGUCGACCCGACCAAGACCAAGGUCUUCUUCCAGGGGAUCUCUCCCACCCAUUAUGAGGGCAAGGAUUGGAGGAUGCCAUCCAAAUCUUGCCAAGGCGAGAGCCAGCCCUACUUCGGUUUCAGGUAUCCUGCAGGGACCCCGAUACCGUGGGUGGUCGUGAACAAAGUCCUGAGUCGGAUCAAAAAGCCGGUCUACUGGCUGGACAUCACGGCCCUAUCCCAGUACCGGAAGGACGCACACCCUUCAGCUUACAGUGGAGAGCACAGAGGAAACGAUUGCAGCCACUGGUGCCUCCCCGGAUUGCCCGAUACUUGGAACGAGCUCCUCUACGCGGCGAUUUUCAGCUGAUGAAAGGCCAGACAUAGGAUUUGAUUUGUCUGUGUAGUUAGGUUCUUAAUCUUAUGUUCUCAUUUCAUUUUUCUUUCUCCAUAGGAUCAAUUAGUUCCCAUUUCAAUUGGUGAUUUUUAAAUGGGCAAAUAAGAGGGUUAAUGGCUCCAAUUUGUAUAUUCUUCCAUUGGUUUGAGGCUGUAAAAUUGCCUUGAGAUGUAUUUGUAGGCGCUCAUGCCCUUGAAUUGAAAUGCCUACACAAUGCAUAUUAGGAGA